CUUUGACGAAUCACCGGCCAAACCGUUGCGUCCCGUGGCAACUCUCAGUCGAGAGUCGGACUUGAACCUGAUUGGAACUAACGAGAGUGACUGGGAGCUCUUGUUUGUUUUAUAUAUAUAUAUAUAUUCUUCGUCAAGAACACGCUUUCACUCGAGAUGCUGAGGGAAACGAUUCUCGUUUUCGCGGCUCUCCUCGUGCUCGCCGCUGCCACGGAAGUUAACAAGUGCGGCACUGGAGAAAAGUUAGAGGAUCCCAAUCAGGCUAAGAUAACCGGCUGCGACGUGCCACCGUGCAAAUUGAAACGUAGGACGAAAUACACGAUCGAAAAUAAGAUCGUGCCCGACAGAGAUGUUGAUAAUCUGGUGAACUCCGUGAACGCCGCUAUUCUGGGUGUACCGCUGCCGUUCGUCGGCGUCGACGGAACCAGCGCUUGCGACAGCAUGUACAACGUGGACGGAACUCCGGCUGGAUGCUCACUGAAAAAAGGCGUCGAAUACAUUUACAAGCGGGAAUUUCCCAUACUUCAAAUUUAUCCAACGGUUUCUAUGGUCAUACAUUACGAGUUGCUGGAUGGAAAUCAUUCGAUCGCCUGUUUCGAAGUACCAGCGAAGAUCACCAAUUGAGAGGAGCUGCUUCGUUCUUUCCGAGAGAGCCAUCACCGUACCUCCCGGAAGUUACGAGGUCAGGCCUCUGGACCCAAAACAGAGCGUACAACGAAGACGAACGAGCCGAAACAGAGAGUGUUCGUUUUCGGUAACGAACCUCCGCGAAGAUAGGGCAACCCUCCGUACAGUUUCAUUCACGAACGAGCAUAAUCAGUAUACGUAUAGUGUGUCACGCGUAAUCGUAAUUAUUAAUAAAAAUGCUUUUAUAUAUUA